AUGGACCGAGUUGAAAGGCCGUACUUCGAUGAUGUGUCGCCGCGUAACGUCUCCGCUGUGGUUGGCCAAUCGGCGGUUCUGCGUUGUCGCGCUAAGCAUAUAGGCAAUAGAACAGUAUCAUGGAUGAGGAAGCGAGACCUCCACAUCUUGACAUCUCACAUCUUCACCUACACGGGAGACGCCCGCUUCAGCGUUUUACACCCAGAGCCAUCAGAUGACUGGGACCUAAGGAUAGACUACGUGCAGCCCAGAGAUGCCGGGGUCUACGAGUGUCAGAUUAAUACGGAACCGAAGAUUAACAUGGCAGUUGUGCUUAGCGUCGAAGAUGAGUCUUACACCUCCGAGCCUCAGCAACCGCCCCGCUCCUCAGCGGCGGCCGCCACAAUCUGGGGUUCGCAAGACGUAUACGUUAAAAAGGGCAGCACGAUAUCCCUUACUUGUUCUGUCAAUGUGCAUUCCUCGCCACCAUCCAGUGCAUCAGUUCUAUGGUAUCAUGGCAAUGCCGUGGUUGACUUUGAUUCUCCGAGAGGUGGCAUUAGCCUAGAGACAGAAAAGACGGAAGGUGGUACUACUAGCAAGCUGCUAGUAACUAAAGCCGCCCUUACAGACUCCGGAAACUAUACAUGUGUACCGAAUAAUGCCCAUCCAGCUUCGGUGUCCGUUCAUGUACUUAAUGGUGAACACCCAGCCGCAAUGCAAACGAGCAACCGGGCGUCCUCCUACCUUACGUCCCAACUCAGCUGUGCAUUGUUCACCUAUUUGCUCUCGUCAAUGGCUGGCAGAUGA